UUAGGGUCUUACACGCUCAGUAAGGCCUUGAAGACGGACGAGGAAACAAGGACCGAAUUAACACACUCUCAAAGCAACAGCUGUACCAAGAGGUGGGACGGAAUAACGAUGAGUCUGGCGAAGAAAGGGACGGCUAUGAUGCCUGCCCGGGUGGUGUUGGCUAUGAUGACCUCGCUCGGCGUAGUGAUGAUCUAUAUGGUGAGAAUAAACCUUUCCAUGGGUAUCAUUGCUAUGGUGCAGACGGUCUCCACAUCCGAUGAGGCAGCGCACCAUACCCGGACUGUUCCUUAUUGUCUUCAGCGUCGACAGACAGAUGAUAACACCAACGAUAAUAUAUCCUUCUCAACUGCAACUGAAACGUUUAGUAAUCGCAAUAUUGGCAACAGUACAGAACUCCCAGACGCCGUAGAAUAUUCCCAUGAAUAUAAUCUGACCAUGAAAGAGCUGGAAGACAAAAUGUUCCUCACCAGCGGGCAGAGGGGGGCGGUCCUGGCUGCCUUUUUCUACGGGUACUUCUUGACAGGACUCCUCGGCGGCAGGCUGGCUGAAUUAUAUGGCACCAAACUGGUCCUGGGCGGCAGUGUCUUCCUGGGCAGUAUCCUCACUCUUCUCACGCCCAUAGCCGCCCGCACACACUAUGGGGCCCUUAUUGCUCUCAGGGCUGUCAUGGGGCUGGGUCAGGGAGUUUCGUACCCUUCGAUGCACGCUAUGAUCGCCCGCUGGGUUCCUCCUCUCGAGAAGCCGAGGUUUACUGCCUUCGUCUUUCUGUCCAGCUGUCUUGGCAUCAUCGUGACCAUGCCCAUGUGUGGCCUCAUCAUCGACUCCCUCGGAUGGCCCUACAUCUUCUACGUCUCGGGGGUCCUGUCCUUGCUCUGGCUCGGGAUCUGGGCGCGGUUCAUGUACGAGACUCCCGCGGACCACCCGAGGAUUUCGCAGGAGGAAAGGGAUUAUAUCUUGGAGGGUAUUAAGGAAGGCACGGCUGGCAAGAAGCCAAGUCGCGUGCCAUGGAAGCAGAUGCUGGGCAGCCUCUCCUUCUGGGCCAUCAUCGUCUGUCACGUCGGGAACAUGUUUGGCUGGACGCUCUUGGCCACGCAGCUGCCCACCUUCAUGAGCAGCGUCCUCGGGUUCUCCAUUAAGAGCAACGGCGCCCUGUCCUCACUGCCCUUCCUCGCUCGCUACCUCGGCGGGAACGGCCUUAGCUGGCUCGGGGACUGGAUCCUCACUAAGGGCUGGCUCUCCCUGCUGGCCACGCGGAGGGUCUUCACGCUCGUCGGACUGUGCAUUCCCGCCCUAAUGCUCGCUGUCGUCGGUUACGUCGGCUGCAACAGCACGGCCGCCCUCGCGCUGCUCUGCGUCGGGACCUUCUUCAACGGCGCCCAAGUUCCAGGAUAUAUCUCCAACAUGCAGGACAUCGCGCCCAACUUGGCUGGCACUCUGCUUGGAGCUUCCACCACAGCAGCCCAUAUGCUGUCAAUGUUGUCACCGAUGGUGGUGGGCGUCCUGACCCCAGACCAGAGUCCUGAGCAGUGGCAGUCAGCCUUCUGGGUGGCAGCCGCUGUCUACGUCAGCACCGCCGUCUUCUUCUGCUUCUGCUGUUCGGCGGAGCUUCAGCAGUGGAAUUUCGGGGACUCUAAGGACGCCGAAGCAGGAAGUGCUGAGGAGGAGAGCAAAGUCCUUCUAAAGGAAAAGGAAAAGGGACAAGUGACGACCGAGGAGGAUGAAAAUAAUGCCAACAAAAGUUCCACGUAGAAUAUGUUGUAAAUUUUAAGAUG